AUGUCCAAAGCGACGCAUGAAGACUAUGUCAACAAGUACGGACGGAAUAUCAGGAUCAAGGGCCUCGGACGCUUCGAGGACCGUCUUCUCACAACGGACCCGGUUGCGCUGGGCUACGUCUUAAACCAUCCGAAACUAUACGAAAAGCCCUGGCAAUCGAGACGAGUAAUAUCACGACUCAUUGGCGAAGGAAUGCUUGCCGCCGAAGGCCCAGAACACAAACGCAUGCGAGGUGUCGGCAACCCUGCUUUCUCCGUGCAGAAUAUGCGCGCGUUCGUUCCCAUCACGUUCAAAAAGGCGUUUGAACUAAGGGACAAGUGGAACUCCAUGAUUGACCAAUCCAACUCCAAAUCGACGGAGGAGAAAGAGGGAAUGUCCAAUGAAUCGAAACAAUUAGAAGCGAAGCUUGACGUGUGCCACUGGAUCAGUCGUGCAACUUUCGAUGUCAUUGGUCUGGCCGGAUUUGACUACAGUUUCUCUGCGAUCCAACAUGAAACAAAUGAGCUAUUCAUGGCCUACAAAGAUAUGUUCGAGAUUGCCGUUUCCCGUGGCGAAACCCUUUUGGAUAUUGCAAUCGUCUAUUUCCCCUGGCUUGAGGAAUAUUUCCCGAAUGAAAAGACUCGUACGGACCAGCGCUCGCAAGAGAUUAUCAACCGAGUCGGUACACAAAUCAUAAAGGAAAAGACGAGACGAGUUGUCGAAGGCGAGGCGAACGGCUCGGAAUAUAAAGGGAUCGACUUCCUCACUCUUCUUAUUAAAUCCAACCUCGCGAAGAACACUCCAGAACACAUGCGCAUAUCCGACGAAGAACUCCUUGCCAAUGUCAACACGUUCUUCUUCGCCGGUUCAGACACAACCUCGCUCGCGCUCACCUGGAUAUUAUACCACCUCGCCGCCCAUCCGAAGAUUCAAGACCGACUUCGAGCCGAGCUUCGCGCUUUCACGGAGGCUGGUCAUGACAUUCCGUCUGAUCCCGAAAGUCCUGACUGGCAAAAUCUCUGGAGUGGUCUUGACGAAUUGCCGUUCCUCAACAACGUUAUCCGGGAGACACUCCGCCUAAUUCCACCCGUACAUAGCUCCAUACGCGUCGCUGUGGAGGAUGGUGUGAUCCCUACCGUGGACGCUAUCAAGAUGCGAGACGGGAGUGUACAAUAUGGGAUAAAUAUCCAGGAGGGCCAGUUUAUACAUGUUCCUAUUGAGAGCAUGAAUGUCGAUAAAGGUGUUUGGGGCGAGGAUUCUUGGUCAUUCAACCCGGACAGGUGGGAUGACUUACCUGAUGCUGUACUGGACCAACCUGGGUUGUACAACCACACGUUGUCUUUCUCUUCUGGACCUAGAGCAUGCAUCGGGAUGAAAUUCUCCGUCAUCGAAAUGAAGAGCUUCCUUCACGUCCUCUUAACAAACUUCGCCUUUGACCGAGAUGAAGGCGAGCGUAUCUUCGCUGCCAACGUUGUUUUGACCCGACCAUACGUGGCCGGGAAGUUCAUAGAAGGCAGCCAAUGCCCACUUUACGUUUCUCGCAUUUAA